AUGCCUCCCAUCCGGCUCGGCAUCAUAGGCUUGUCCGCCGAUGGAGGCUGGGCUGCCACGGCCCAUUUGCCAUACCUGCAGCAGUCCAACAAAUACACCAUCACAGCUAUCUGCAACUCGUCCGCCGAGUCCAGCAAAAGAGCCAUCGAGCAAUACGGGCUCAAGUCUGCCAAGCCUUUCGACAACCCACAAACCAUGUGUGUCUCGCAAGACAUCGAUUUGGUGGUUUGUGCUGUUGCUGUUUUCUCGCACUAUGAGCUCAUCAAACCCGCGAUUGAAGCCGGGAAAGAUGUUUAUGUUGAAUGGCCACUGUGUGCUACGACAGAGCAGGCCGAGGAGAUCCAGCAGCUAGCUAGGAGGAAGGGCGUCCGUACCAUCGUUGGUCUUCAGGGGUGCGUUUCGCACGUACAGACUACUUUAGAGGAGAUUAUCAAGAGCGGCAGAAUUGGCACCCCCUUGGUCACUCAGAUUUCCGGUAGCGCUUGCACUGGGGAGACGGGCACUCGGCUUGUGGAGCGUUAUCGAUACUUCAAGGACCGUGACAUUGAGGGUGUUUCAGGCCAGGUCAUGCUAAGCAUCUAUGUUGGCCACACCUUUGAGCCAAUAGCUCAUCUGCUGGGCCAGCCUAGUCAAGUGUCUGCGCAGUUAAAGACGACAUGGCCUAUCGUCAAUAUAACCACCCCCGAUAACAAAGUCCUUCAGAGCCACGUGAAGAAGACUGCAGACGACUAUGCUUCUUUACAAGGCACCCUCACCUCGGGUGUUAAGUACACUUAUACCAUACGUGGUGGAGAUGCCUUUGAUGAGAGUGAAGGCCUAGUUUGGGAUAUCAUCGGCGACAAAGGUGAGAUUCGACUUACCGGAGGCUCUAUCAUGUUGAAUCUCGGGGCACCCGACUACAAAAUCCGAGUCAAGGACUACAAAUCUGGAUGCAUCCAGCUUGCGAGGCUCCAGGAUCAUCUGGAUCUCCCACUGGCUGCCCAGAAUAUUGGAAGUCUUUAUGAGAAAUUUUCGGAUGGAAGGACUGUCCCUACUUUUGAGGAUGCGGUCCGGCGACAUCGCUUUCUGGAUGCAAUGUUUCUGUCUGCCAGCAAAGGGGGUACUCAAGAGAAGAUUUCGGUCGAUUAA